AUGCUUUUCACUCUGCUGCUGAUGAUUUUUCUGGAAUUGGCCUUGAAUUGGAACGGGAUCGAAACCAUCAGGAAUGUCCUCUAUUUGCCAGGAAUCUCUUUGGUAACGGUUUUAACGAUAUACAAAAUUAAUGCAAAAUUGAUUUUCUUGGUUAUAAAUCAAAAGAAAAUCAGAUUUCUUCUGCAACGAUUGGAAGAAUUUUGGCCCACAGAUAAAUAUGGUGAAUCCAUCCAAAUUGGUCUACAAAGAAUGCACGACGUAGCUCACAAAUCCAUAAGGUUCUUCGUUUACGUUUGCGUCGCUUGCAUUUGCAUCUUGAGCAGCGCGCCCUUCGUCAGCAACAAACGAGCUUUGCCCUUCUCACAAUACAACAUUUGCAAUUUAGAGACGAGCCCUUGCUUCGAGUUACUCUACGCUUGGCAAAUUAUGGUGACAAGUCUACAAAUUUUACCCAUCACCAUAAGCUUCGAUGGUUUAUUCCUAAGUUUCAUCCUCUACGCCUACAUCGGAAUAGAACUAAUCAAAAACGCUUUAUUACAAGCGAUUUCCACCAACGCAAAUUCCUCUGAAACUCGAGGAAACAUCAAUGAAAUUGUGAAACAACACAGUUUGAUCCUAACCUUCAUCAAGGAAACGAAUUUGUUAUUUUCUGGUCUUCUGAUGAUCCAAUUCAGCGCUUCUUUGGGAAUGCAAAUUUUCUUACUGUUCAUGCUCACCAGAAACGGAAUACCUCCAGACACUGAGCACAUCUCAACUUACGGCUUUCUAUAUAUCACUUUUAUACUUCAAUUAUCGAUUUACAGCAUUGGAGGAACAAUGAUUGUUAAUCAGACAAAAAUUUUGGCUAACAUCAGUUUCGGUUUGGAAUGGUACCGAGAUGGGAACACCGAUUUGGCUAAAUCUCUGAAACUGAUCAUUCUGAGAUCUCAGAAUGGUGAAAAGAUGACGAUUGGUAACAUAUUCGAUUUGGAUCUGAUCACCUUCAUUUCGGUCUGCGAAUUGGUUUUAAAAACCGCUUUUUCGAUAUACACGUUAUUAAACACAAUUACUGCGUAA